AUAACAUCAUAAAUAUUGCACUGACUGACUGACGCCGUGAACUGCUUCCUCCAAUUCUUCCAGUAUACUCGCAAGAUGUCUCAUGAAAUUUCUGAUGUGCUCACAAACGUUGCUCUCCCAAAAACUCAAGCGACCAUAACUCUUCGAGUAAUCAAAUCCUUCGAAUACCGCACGGAACGCAGUCUCGUCUUACACAUGUUGAACCUGGAGAUCACAACAGUUGGCGAGCUCAAGGAUAUGGCUCGGCGAGCUAUUCAGACUAGUUCAGGAUGGAAGCCGUAUCGGAACGUGCAUCUAGAUACACUCAAGUUAUACACCAAAGCUCACGGUGCUAAGACAACUAAUCUGAUCAUCAAUAUGGACCACGACGACUGGAUUUUCGAUGAUGACGCCCGCACCCUAGCUGAACUUGGUAUUGAAAACGAGACAGAGAUCAGCUUCUUUAAUCGUGUAGCCUACAAUGCCUUCAAGGAAAAUCCCGAAAUUCGAUGGGACAUUCCUCCGUAAUGCCGGGAGCCAACCAAGAAGUGAGG